AUUACACCUGUUCGUCUGUAAGAAAAUGUACGUUACAACAAUACAAGCAUGACGCACCAGAAUCACCAAACUAACGGCGCCAGUUUGGAAGAUUGCCACACAAACUUCUUCGCUUUGACCGACCUAUGCGGUAUAAGAUGGCGUCAAUUGGUUCUCGGUGAGCGGCCAAAUGCGGCCGGCGAUCCGCUCGACGAUCCGGUCGUGCGCUCCUACUCGAAAUGUCUCGCCGUCGACAUACUGUGCGUGUGGCGAAGGGUGGUCGCACCCAAGCCCAAACCAAAACCCGAACCGGACCCGAGCAACAUGUUCGACAUGAGCAUACCGGGCACCGGUAACAGUGGUUCCGUCGUCCAUCCGCCUCUCUCGCUGACCGCCGCCAAGGAGCUGUGGAUCUUCUGGUACGGUGAGGAACCGGACUUAACCGAUCUGGUUGCACCCGAGCUGCUCAACUCGUCCGAAGCCGGCGACAAAGGCUCCUGGGAGAAUGGACUCUCGUACGAGUGCCGUUCGUUAUUAUUUAAGGCGUUACACAAUGUGAUUGAAAGAUGCUUAUUAUCGCGAGGAUUCGUACGUAUUGGCAGGUGGUUCGUGCAUCCCAGUUCGAACAGCGAAGGAGUGUUUGGGAAAAGCUCACAUCACGCAUCAUUUUCGUUCACUUUCUUUGUGCACGGAGACAGUACGGUGUGCACCUCGAUGGAUAUAAGGGAACAUCCACCGGUGCGGUUGCUUACCAUGCGACAUCUCGAAGAGGCGCAACAGGCGCAACAGGCUGGCCCAAGUACCGGCUCAAACGGUGGACCGACCAGUCCUACACCGGCCGGAGUGAACGGAGGUAGCUCAAACACUCCCGCAUCGCCCGGUGUUGGCGGUGCAGCGUCUGGAAGUGGUGGCAAUGCCAAUGGAUCGACAACGACGGAUGCUAUCGAACCGCGGGAGGUGAUACUGGCACCGUUCGGGCUGGCCGGUACGCUGACCGGCCAAAGCUACAAAGCGAGCGAUCCGCACGUCCAGAAGAUGCUCGACGACUGGAGUGCGUUCUAUCCGAUCUCGAACAAGCUCAGCGGCAUGGAAGACGGCUCUGACAAUGUGCCUCCGAUGGUGGAGAUCCUCGUCGGGAAGUUAAAGAUGCGGUACCCCACAAAGUACGUGCUGGUCGCCGAUAUGGACGACUGGACGUCAGCGAACGAUACGCGGAGCAAUAGUAGAAGUAAUAGUAAUAAUAGCACUAGCAGUAAUAAUACCAACAGCAAUCAAUCCGCAACACCAGUCACGGCGAUACCCUCCAUCGCAGCAUCCGUUCUCAGCCGUGUCAAUAACGCUAGCGAGCGGUCCAGUGGCGCCAUCAACACAACCAGCAAUCAACCGGCGACGGGAAACAGCAACAGCAGUAACAGUAAUCCUUCUACGGCACGCAACAAAGACUCGCCGAACGAGAGCAGUUCGGUAGCGGCAUCCCCCACCGGUACGCUACGCCAGCGAAAUCACCAUAAAUCCAUGAUGACCCCACCGCUUACGGUGCCGGAAUCGCCCUCAAACGAUCUCGGUAAUCCGCUCAGUAUGUCGUCGGCACUGAUCAACAAGUCGCCGGCCAUCAUCCUGCCGGAGCGUGUCUGGCAGGACUGCGUAAUGCACGCGUCACCAUCACCGUCGCCGAUGUCUUCAUCGUCUGCAAAUGGCAGCACAUCCGCAGCUAAUAAUGGAAGCCAAACGAUCAGCACGACACCCGGCAGUGGUGUAACGAUCAAAACGGAACCAAAGGAUACCAGUAGUGGCAGCAGUAGUGGUAACACCUCCAAUACAGCGACCGGCAGCAAUAGUACCAGCAGUGGUGGCGGUGAUGAAAACUCCUCCGGUGCUGCCAACGGAGUCGAUGCGAACGGGAACUCUUCCGUGUGGGAGAUUAGCGACCCAACGGUGAAAGUGACCUGCUGCUGUAUCAAGUGUUGCAAGAGACCACCAUCUUCCUCGUCGUCCACAUCGACGUCCUCGUCGUCCACUUCGUCCACGGCAAGUGGACGUGUCUCGCAGCAUCAGCAGCAUCAGCAACACACGAUCGGUGCAGCAGUAAGCUCAUCAUGCUCGUUAAGCACGGCAGGCAGUUUGGCAAAUCUGUACUCCUCCAAUCCAUCUCCCAAAUCGUCCUAUUCGAUCACUUACGCCGGAAGUGUUGGUGGUGGUAGUAACCGUGGUGAGAAGUCCAUCCACGGACAUCAGUAUCACCACUACCAUCACCAUCAUGGAGCAGGCGGCAGUCAAUCGGCUAAGGAUCAUCAUCACCAUCACCAUCAUCAUCACCGUCCGCAAAGGAUUGCCUUCCAUAAGCGAGCCCCGCAGGAGGCUCUGUUCCGUCCCGGUACCAAACCGAUGAGCUUAUCUGCUGCAGCCGACGCAUUAGCUGCUGCUGUUGCUGCUGCUGCGUCUUCUUCGACGGCCGUCAACGCCGCUGCCACUUCGCCUGGAGCCGUUUCUUCCGGUGACAGCGCAGCCGAUUCGCUCGAACUGGCCGACUCGUGCUUAAGGUCAAACCAAAACUGUGCCGCCAAUAGUAAUAGUGGUUCCGGUGGUACGAAUUCAACGGGCGCAGCCGCCGGCAGCACAACGCCUUACGGUGGGCCACCUUCCUACUGUCGCAACCCGAUGUCAAUCGGUGAUUCGCAUCCGCUUCCAUCAGAAGGUUCGCCGGCCAGUGCGGCACCAUCCCCGAUGCAACCGUCGUCGGUAUCUCAGCCAACAUCGGUACCAUCCGGUGAUCAGCUCAUCACAAUGUCUCCACAUCCACCUGCCUCGAACAAUCCGCGCAGCGUACAACCGGGUACGCCCUGUUUGGAUCAUCUGGACAAGAACACACCGGCACCGACACCGACCGAUCAACACGACAGUAAAAGCAUCAAUGCCUCACCGUAUCACACACCGUCCCAUCCGGGCGGUGGUGGUGGUUCGACCGGUUCGACCGGUAACUCCACCGAAGCGCAGCAGCAACAGCAACAAUCGCAAAGCAACUCGAAUAUGGGAAAUUCGUCUAGCAGUAGUAGCACCGGCAGCAACAGCUCCUCAAACAGUAGCUCUCUAAACGCGCUAAAGACAUCACCCCGAAGCAAUACGUUGUCGUCCGGCAUCGGUAACCUUAAGGUGCGUUCCGAGUCAUCGCUCGGCGCCGGAGGUUCGAUCGGCAGUGGUGGUGGUGUACCGAUGACGCCAAGCAUCCAUAGCGUGUACAGUUCCGCGCAUCAGACGGCCAUGGCGAACAAUCUGGCGAGGAAACGGGAAUCGAUACUGCAAAUGCUGCAAUCAUUGAAACGACCAUCACUGUUUUGCAAAGAUUAUGAGACUUUGCAAAGCGAGGACAUACCCAGCACGUCGCAGCUACUGUACGAUUAUACGUGCGUUGAUGCAUGGAUGAAUCAUCCCGUAAAGCGGAUGCGGCUAGCAAUGGAGGAAAAUCGUCUUGUGAAAAAGAUUCGGAAUCUCGAUCUGUACGCAAACGAGCAUAGCCGUACGAUGACGACGAGUUUUGGUGUUAGUGCUACGGCAAUGCCGGGAAGUAACAGUGUUGGGAACGUUGUCGGUGCCAAUGGAAUGCUCAUGAAGAGUGGUACAUCGGGUGAUUCGACCGAUCCGCUCGUGGAAACGCUCGGUGGUCAUAACGGUGGUAGCGGAGGAGGUGCCUGUGAUAAUGGCACUGGAAACAAUGGCCAACCUCUUCUUGGACAGAUCAAGAUGGAACUCGGCUGUGACGGCAGCGGAGGAGGAGUUGUUGGUCGUGAGGGAGCGGCCGGUGUUGCCGGUAGUGGAAUAGGAAGUGCCAACGGAACACCCGACCGGAACGGACCAUCCUCCGGCAACGGAGACGGUGCCCUGCUCGGGGAGCAUGAAAUCAAGAAAGAGAAGGAAGAAAAGGGUCCCUUUUUAACGGACCAAGAUCUGCAACCGUCGAUCGAUGAUCUGAAUCAGAUCUUCGAUGACGGUGGCCCAUUUAACGACGAUCCGGACCUGCACAAUACUCCGCCCGGGUCGAAUAAGAGCUGCAGCGGAAGUGGCGGUUUCUCGGAGGAAGGCAAGCGCUUCCCGAGCUCGAACCAUCAUUCGGUGAACAGCGGCAUGUUGAGUCCGAAGGAACUGUCGCAGAUGUUCCCGACACCGCCAAGUUUGGAUCCGCACCCGAACUCCAGUCCCGGUGGUGGUGGAUGCCUUUCGGAUGGUGGAAUUGCCAUCGAUACACUGGUCGAUCUACAAAUGUCGCUGUCGUCCGGGAUCGGUAGUGGGCCGGGAACUGGACCGACCUUGCCAAACCUGGGUAGCCCUCAGGAGGAACCGAUCGAUGAUUGGUCUUUCGUGUUUUUGCCUCCACCUUUAUGUCCGUACGUGGGUUCGUCCAAGUACGCACCACUACCGAGUUUGCCGAGCCAGCUAAUAAUACCACAAAUCCCAACCAGCACCUGCACCAAACUGGUAUACAAAUCGACCCGGCAGAAGCAAAAAGAACAAGCGGCUGCCGAACGGGAAAAGCAAAAGUUACGCGAACAGGCAGAACGGGAACGAGAGCAGCAGCAGCAACAGGACCAACAGCAGAACAGCACUCAGUCGGAUAGUAACAAUACCCAGAGCAGCGGGCCAAAUGGUACGUCCGCGGGGGGUAUUGGUGGUCCUGCUAGUGGCAUUGGGUUAGGAUUACUUCCAAUUAUCAAGCAAGAACUGGGUAACUUAACCAUCCCGCAACCUUUGAGCACACCAAACUCCCUCCUCGGGGGAUUAAACAACCUGAACGGAUCGAUCAGCCAUCCGUAUUCGAACCCACCGUCACAGGGCGCCCAAUCUCAGCCCCAUUCGCGACCACCGUCGGUAAACUCGCUGCCCGGGGGUAUCAUCGGUAGCGGUGCGGGAAUGCUUAGUCCAUCGCCUGCUGGUGCUGGUACAUCCGGUGGUCUGUUCCAUCCGGGAAUGGGUGGAAUUCCGGUUCCACUGCGUCAAGGUAUGUCACCCAUAUCACCCGCCACACCUGGCGGAUCGAUGCGAGUACCGACGCCACAAGGUGGUUCGUGUCCACUACCAUACCCAUCGCCAUUAGGUGGAGCUGCCGCAGGCAGUCCGAACCCGAUGGGAUCCCUUAACUUCCGUCGCACGACACCGCUGCUUCCGCCGCCACCGUACGAUGUGGCUAUCGCCAGCCCGGCUAAUUCCGUCGCAACGCCUUCCUCCUACCACAGCAAACAAUUCCCGCUCGAUGGGGUGGACAACAGCGGGGGACCGGGCUCGAACCGUGGUCCAAUGACACCGUCCUCGACUGGAGGCGGACCGUUAGGUACAACCGUGAACCAACCGCUUUCGUCAACCGGUGGUGGUGUUGGAUGUGCGAGCGGUGUCAGCACGAACGGUGCACCGGGUGGUCGCAGUACGAACAUCGAAACGAACGCACUGCUAGUGAACAUUCUUUUAUACGAUACCGCACUGAACAUCUUCCGCGAUCACAACUUCAAAAGCUGUACGCUUUGUGUGUGUAAUGCCGGUGCAAAGUGCGUCGGUAACAUACGCGGCGCGGACAGUGGUUUGUACCUCGCACUGCCCGGUACGAACUGGAUGGACUCCGUCACAGCUCCACCGGAAACGACGGGCGGUAGCGGAGGCAGUGGAAAUGUUGGAGUAACUGGCGGCAGGAGCAAAGCGAGUGCCCUAGCACAUCUCGGACUCAGUGGCGGUAGCAGUAGUAGUGCCUUCGGUGGAAUGUUAGGAUCUCCGGCGAUUAGUUCAAACAGCGACAAAACGAUCACGAUCAAUACCGACAGCCUUCAGAAUGGAUAUCUGGAUGAGGAUCCGAUCGAUUGUCAGUGUGGUUUCAGUGCGGUGGUCAAUCGCCGAAUGGCUCACCGGGCAGGAUUAUUCUUCGAGGAUGAAAUGGAAAUCACGGGCAUGGCCGAAGAUCCGGCGGUACACAAGAAGAGUUCAUUGUUUGAAUUCCUCAACGGCACCGCUAAAGCGAUCAAGAUGGAAGAAUCGGGAAGCAGUGGAUCGAUUGGAACGCUGGCGACAGCCGGUGGAGCUUCUUCAACAAGUGGUAGCGCAAGUGAUAGUUUACCGCUAACGCUCAAAGUGAUGGAUCUGCUCAGGGAGCAGUGUUCCGUGGUGCAAAGUUCUAGCAAUUCCAUUCAUCGUGCAGUUAAUCGGUACCGUGGUGCACUGUUCGGCCGUGGAUCGGAAAGCGGGGCCGUACACCUGCUAGAGUACGUUGAUGCGAACGAUGUGAUCAGUUUAGCGUUGGAACAGGGACGACUGCAGGCAAUCAACGAGAGUAAGAUGGAUGUAGAUCAGCAGCAACCAGCAUCCGGCUCGUCAUCGUCUUCAUCGUCCAACACAGCGUGUGGUGCACUCGUAAAGGGUGGCACACUUAGAGGGAUUAUGAACGUCCACAAAUGGCCAUUCCUGCGUGCGGGUGGUCCGAAGAGUAAUCAGGACAUUGUGCGGAUAAUGAAAUCGAUGCAACCGCUCCUGCAGGAUGCUUUCCACAAACGUUGCACGACGCGACUGUGGGAUGCACCGUACACGAUACAGGGUCCACUUACGUGGAGACAGUUCCACCGGCUAGCUGGGCGCGGAACGGGCCAGUGUGAACCGCAACCGAUUCCAUCGCUGAUCGUGGGCUACGAGAAGGAUUGGCUAUCGUUGGCUCCGUACGCACUGCACUACUGGGACAAGCUGCUGCUGGAACCUUACUCAUAUCCGCGCGAUGUUGCGUACGUUGCGAUUGUCCCGGACAAUGAUUACGUGGUGGCGAAGGUGCGUACGUACUUCAAGGAGCUCAGCACUACGUACGAAAUGUGCAAGCUGGGUCGGCAUACACCGAUCAAAGGCUGGGACGGUAUAUUGCGUGUGGGCAGUCAGCGUGUGCUAAAGGAAACGCAAAACUCCAACCUGGACGAAUGGUUCACCAACAUGGGCGUCGAUCAGCAACGCAAGAAUGGCAACAGUUCCUCGUCGUCGUCAGGGUUAAAUGAGCUGCUACGGCUGUACGCUCAGACGUGUCAGCAGCAGCUGGCACCGUAUCUGUCGAAGGUACCAUCCGACAAGAGUUUGCUCGAUCCACCGGAGAGUCAUCACCAUACGUCGUCUUCAUCCUCGGCUUCGGCCUCAGUAUCGGGUGGUUCGUCAGGAUCGUCAUCGUUGGGCAGUGGAUCGAUGAAUCAACCGGGAGGAAAUGCUAUGGGACAGAAUCGAAACGAUGGUCCCGGCCAAAGUCCAAUGCCACCGCCACCACCGAGCACACCGGAUUCAUCACAACCCGGUGAUAAGGCUCCGAAUACUCCUAAAUUUGAUCAUGACUCUGAAAAUCGUGAUCAGCUGAAUACCUCUUCCGCCAGUCCUGCCGACGGCAUGCGAAUUGACGACGAUGGAAAAGAUCCGCCACAUAUCGUGCUGUACAUCGUAGAACCAUUUACUUGUGGAAGCGAUUCACCCGACGUGGAACGGUUGGCGUGCCUUUCGUUGCUGCGCUGCUAUUCGAAUAUUCUUAACGCAGUUCCGGAUUCGAUACGUAGCAAUAUUAGUGUUCAAAUUAUCUCUCUAGAAAGCAUUCUCGAGCUCGGUCGUAAUCGAAAUAGAUUACGUUUAAGUGACCACAUGCGUUGUCUGGCGCUGAGUGUGUUCUCUCAGAGCCGUAAGUAUCUCGCACACAUGAACACGGUUAAGAGCUUGACGGGAUUCGGAACGGCCGCUAAUGCAGAACAGUUUAUCAAGCGCAAGGACGACAAGAAUCGCGUACCGUACCGACUGUACACACCACCGUAUGUACUGGCAAGGUCAUGCGAGAAGAGCGAAAACACAGAGUCGUUCGGUAAGACGAGCAUGAAGCAACAAUGCUCCAUCAUGUACUGUAGCUACUGUUUGAGCGAGGAUCAGAGCUGGUUGCUAGCGGUUGCGACCGAUGAUCGAGGCGAGUUUUUGGAAACGGUCACGAUCAACAUUGACAUUCCGAACCGUGGUCGUCGGAAGCGUGCCUCGGCACGCCGGUACGGGUUGCAGAAGUUGAUGGACUUCAUCCUUGGGCUAAUCUCACAGACGGUACAACCGUGGCGUUUGGUUGUGGGCCGUAUCGGGCGCAUCGGACACGGUGAGCUGAAGGGUUGGAGUUGGCUACUGAGCAAACCGAACCUGCAGCGGGCGUCCAAACAUCUGAAGGACAUUUGCGAGCAGUGUUCGCUGAUGCAUCCGAUCGCCGUACCGAGCAUACUGAGCGCCUGUCUGGUGACGCUCGAGCCGGAUUCCGAUUUGCGCGUCAUGUCCGAUCAGUUUACGCCGGAUGAACGGUUCAGCCAGCGGUCAAUGCAAUCGCCCCUAUCGACGCCGCAGGAUGCGACCUGCACACACAUACUGGUGUUUCCGACCAGCGCCAAAGCACAGUCUGCCCAGGCGUCGUUCAGCGUGAUUGGAGAGUUGGAUUUGGGCGAGGAUCUCAACAUGGUCAUCAUGGAUGGGGACGACGACGAUGAUGGUAUCAACAUGAUGGACGUUUUCAAGUGCUGGGAUGAUUUACCGAUGCAGCAGAUCAACAUGCCACAUUCACGACCAGGUAGCCCUUCACAGUUUGAAGGCAACCAACAGAGCCCAGGCGAAAGUGGUUCUAAAGGUGCUGGGUCUCGUGAUGGCUACGGGUCACAGGAUUCGGAAGAGGUCGGUCUGGUGUUACAACAACCGCUAGCCAUCGGAUAUCUUGUGUCGACGGCUCCCACCGGUCGCAUGCCGGAAUGGUUCUGGUCGUCCUGCCCGCACAUGGAGAACGUAUGUCCGGUGUUUCUGCGUACGGCGCUGCAUCUGCACAGUCCCACCAUACUGCAAAACACCGACGAUCCGUUGCAGCAGAAUCAAUCGUCCACCGAACAUCCGCUGGACUCGAACAUUACGGCCGAUGUGUUGCGGUAUGUGCUCGAGGGCUACAAUCUGCUAUCAUGGCUGGCAAUGGACUCGAACACGCACGAUCGUCUGUCCUGUUUGCCGAUACAUGUACAGGUGCUAAUGCAACUGUACCACAUGACGGCUGCCCUGGCGUAA